CAAAGGCUAGCCUUAUCCACACACAAGCCUUUGCACGCGGCUAUCCCGGGACAAAAUUCGUACAACAGUGUGAUGGAGGAAAUUAAUGUUCAUAUUGCAGGUAAUGGAAUUGGCAGUGAGGGUGAUGGUGGUUUAGCCAUCAAUGCGGAAUUGGAGGAAGAAAUUUUCUUCCUCUACUUCCAUCCCAUCACCGAUGAUAUCCUAUUUCCUGACAGUGGCAGAAUUAGAAAAAUUGAUUCAUCAACGCAAGUGAUUAGCACAAUUGCAGGUAGUACAAAAAAGAUUUAUGAUUCAGCAGAAAAUGAAAAUAAUGGAGAUGGAGGAUUGGCAAUUGAUGCAUCCUUUUAUAGAUACUCUUAUGGUCUUGUGAUUCAUCCCAUAACUUUGGAUAUUUAUGUGUUUGGUGGUGCAUAUAUUCGUAAAAUUGAUUCAAAAACACAAAUAAUUUCCACAAUUGCUAAAGCUCAAAACCAAAUUUAUAAUUUUACACUAGAUCCAAAGAAUAAUAUUCUCUAUUUGGCAGAGAAAAAUAGAAUUGUUGGUUUAGACCUUUCAACAAAAAAUCAGCACAUUCUGUUCAGUACUAAAGAUGAAAUAACCUCGCUUGAUUGGGACAUUAAUGAUCAAAGAUUGUACUUUGUGAAGUCAUACAUACAAUAUUGCAAGCUAGAUCCAAUAACAAAGAGAAUAACAAUUUUAUUGAAAAGUGAUUUUGACGAAGAGUCUUUGGUUACCCAAAGUCAAAACAAGCUAAGAAAUAUUGUAGACAUGAUCAAGGAUCCAAAUAGUGACUUUGUUUACUUUGUAGAUGAAGGAUUUAAUGAGAUGAGAAUAGUUAGAAUGAAUUCUCUAGAUAACUCAAUAGUUACUUUAACCAAAUCCAAAGAUACUCUCUGGCUUUUGAAUGUGGAUUCGAAUGGUGAUAUUUAUUAUCAUAUUCAAACAGGUAGUAGUAUUUUCAAAAUUGUAAGAAUGUCCCUAUUGAAGAAAUAUGAAAGAGAUGAAAUUGAUAAUACCAGUUUGGUUUGUUGUAGAUAUUUAUUAGAUGUAUAUGCUCCUCAUUUUCAUGAUUUUCUAUUUAAUGAUGAAAUAGUUAUUAAAUCAUUGAAUAAGAAUCAAGAAUACAUUAUUCAACAUUUGAUUAAUUCAAUUAUUUAUCAAGAGGAAGAUCAAUGGUUCGAUAAAUAUGAUUUGAUUGAUAUUCUUGAUAUAUUGGGUAAAAUUGAAGGAAACAAUUUCAUGAAAUUGAAAAGAUAUUUAAUUAACAAGUUUAUGGCCUCAAUUAAUAAUCAGUCAUGUAUUGAGACUCUUGAAAAAGUGAGCAAGAUGAAAAACAAUUCAAAAUUAAUGCAAGAAAUGUUUGAAUUUACUAUUGAGAAAAUUGCUGAUUUGAUGAAAUUUACUUCUUCAGAAUUGGUCAAUCAUGAAAUUAUUCAACAAAAUAUCCUAUUAAUUUCUGGAAAGUUUAAUAAGGUUCAUAACGGUCAACCUUCUCCCAUAAUUAUUCAACAUUCACCAAUUUCAAGGAAAAUAUCUUCCAUUGAAAGUCUAUUCAAUGACGAAAAGACAAGUGACAUUAGAAUCAAAAUUAACAAUACUAAAUAUCAUUGCCACAAGACCAUACUUUCAAGUCAUAGUACCUAUUUUGAAUCAUUAUUCAGCAAUAAUUUCCAGGAUAUUAAUAAUAAUGACUAUGAAGUGACUACAGAAGAAUUUGAUGAAAACGCUCACGAAAUUAUUUUGAAAUAUUGUUAUUCUAUUAGUGGCAAUAUAGAACUUGAUACAAGAAUUUUUAAAUGUGCAACUUUUUAUGGAAUGCAAAAAUUGGCAGAUGCAUGUGUAGAAAAAAUAGUCCUUAAUGAGAAUAAUUAUUUUGAAAUUGUUCAACAAUUUUCUUCUAUUGAAAAUGAUCUGCUUAACCAAAAGAUUAUUGAAUUUGGAUUUAUUAAUGCUAAAAGGCUGUUUGCAGACGAAGAAAAUUAUUCUAAAGUGGAUGAAAAAAUCAAGGACAAGAUAUUACAAAAAUUUAUAACACUAGCAAGAACACCCAAAAGAAAACACUAACUUAUUCAAACUUACCUCAGGUUUUACAAAAAAUCUAUUUUAUUACAAUAAUAAUUGUUGAAGUGUUGCUUUUCCAGCACCGCUUUCACAAAACUUUUCAAAAGAUAACUCUUUCAAUUGAGCUAAAGUAUCAUUUAAAGCCAAAUCAAACAUGUCAGAUGCUGGUGUUAAUAAAUGAUAUUUGACAUGACUCUUUG